GCCGCCGGCCGCCGGCCAUCGAUAAUAAAAUUAAUUACAAGGUCCAUCAAGUAGGAGAGGAGAAGCGUCACCAAUUAAUCUUCCAAUUAACCAUAAUUAAUCCUAUCAUACGAAUAAUUAACUCACACCCUUUUAAAUUCCAUGCUCCAGUCUCUUGGACUCCCCUUCAAAUUUUGAUGCUCGUCUCUUGGAAUAUCCACCGGAUACUUGAAGAGCAGUUCGUGUCAACAGAGGAGGAGGAGGAGACAGAGAUGGGAGCGUGCGCGUCGAAGCCGAAGGUGUCGAAGGAAAACAAGAACGCACCUCUAACGAGGGACGUCGAGGUCGAAGAGAAGAAGGAGUUUGCGAAGGGAGACGUGGCGGAAAAGGAGGUUUCCGGCGCCGGCGCCGAAGAGAAGGGUGAAGUCCUGUUGAAAGAGGUAGAGGCAAGAGAAACAGAGCCAUCUACAGAGCAAAUCAAACUGGAACAGCCCGUGGAAGAUGAGACUGUCCUGGUGGAGGGCAAGAAAGGAGAGCAAUCAGCAGACGAAGCAGAGUCGAAGACCACGCCAGCAGCAGCUACAACGGAUGAGGAACUCAAAGAAGAAGCCAAACAAGAAGAACCAGAGGCGAAAGCUGAAGCGAAAACUGAAGUGACAGUUGUGGGAAAAGAAGAAGAAGAAGAAGAAAACAAAGGUGCCGACGUUACACAGAAGUCUGCUGUGGAAGUGGAAACUAAAUCCACCGAAACACAAGUGCAGGAGAUCAGCUCAGAGGGCAAGACGGUUUGAGAAUGCAUAAGGAUUUUGAAUUAUGAAAAUCUAAAAUUUCAAUGGUUUUGUAACAUCAUACGUACGUUGAGCUUCUUUUGGUGGUGACCAAAUAAUCGUCAACAUCGUGUUACAUUUUUGUUAGUUUUUACAUGGAUUAGUAUGGAAU